GCAAACACAUCCUCUCCUCUCCUCUUCCUCCUCCUCCGCCGCCGCCGCCGCCGGCAAGGGAUAGAUAGAGAGAGAGAGAGAUGGAGAACGGCAGCCAUGGCAGCGUGCUUUGCCAGCUCGUGAGCCCCGAGGGGGAGCAUCUCGAAGCGCCGGUCUACCUGCCGCACAACGUCGGCCCGCCGCAGCUCCAGGAUAUCGUCAACAAACUCCUCCACAACGAGGAGAAACUGCCUUACGCCUUCUACAUCGGAGAUGAGGAGCUCUCUCUUCAGCUUGGUGCUUACAUGCAACAAAAAAAUGCCAAUGUCGAGGUCACUCUGCGCAUAGUAUAUCAGCCACAAGCAGUUUUCAGGAUCAGGCCUGUCAACCGAUGCUCCGCUACAAUUGCCGGUCAUACAGAAGCUGUGCUGGCUGUUUCUUUCAGCCCUGACGGAAGAUGUUUGGCUAGUGGUUCAGGUGACACCACUGUUCGGUUCUGGGACCUGAACACGCAGACCCCGUUGUUCACAUGCAAAGGCCACAAAAAUUGGGUUCUCUGCAUUGCAUGGUCACCUGAUGGGAAACAUCUUGUUAGUGGAAGCAAGUCAGGAGAACUUAUAUUAUGGGACCCAAAAACAGGCAAGCAAUUGGGCACUCCUCUUACGGGACACAGAAAGUGGAUUACUGCUGUAUCCUGGGAGCCAGUUCAUUUGCAAUCUCCUUCCCGCCGUUUUGUAAGUGCAAGUAAAGAUGGCGAUGCGCGUAUUUGGGACAUUACCACAAGGAAGUGUGUUAUUUCCCUCGCAGGUCACACCAAUGCUGUGACCUGCGUCAAGUGGGGUGGAGACGGUUUGAUAUACACAGGUUCAGAAGAUUGUUCAAUCAAAGUAUGGGAAACUUCUCAGGGAAAGCUGGUCAAAACGUUGCAGGGUCAUGGGCACUGGGUAAAUUCGCUUGCCUUGAGCACAGAAUAUGUUCUCCGCACUGGGGCAUAUGACCAUACCGGCAAGACAUAUUCAAGUGCGGAGGAAAUGAAAGAGGCAGCUCUGGCAAGAUAUGAGAAGAUGAGGGGUAAUGCUCCUGAGAGACUCGUCUCUGGUUCUGAUGAUUUUACUAUGUUUCUUUGGGAACCAGCAAUUAGUAAACAGCCGAAAGCUCGCAUGACUGGUCAUCAGAAGCUGGUAAACCACGUCUACUUCUCCCCUGAUGGGCAGUGGUUGGCGAGUGCCUCCUUUGACAAAUCCGUUAAGCUAUGGAACGGUAUCACGGGCAAAUUCAUCGCAGCUUUCAGAGGGCAUGUCGCGGAUGUCUACCAGAUCAGUUGGUCUGCGGACAGUAGGCUUCUGCUGAGUGGAAGCAAGGAUUCCACCCUAAAGGUUUGGGAUAUUAGGACACGCAAGUUGAAACAGGACCUGCCAGGCCAUGCAGACGAGGUUUACGCAGUGGAUUGGAGCCCGGAUGGCGAAAAGGUUGUGUCUGGUGGUAAAGAUAGGGCCCUGAAAUUAUGGAUGAAUUAGGCUAGUCAGCUACUGUUGAUCUGCUGGCUGCACUGCAGUUGCUCUUGUUGUUGCUGGGGCAGAGCAGGCAUUUUUGUUCUAGGGGUAUUGUUGUUAGCUGUCACGACUCAGACAACUGAUAUAUUGGAAAUGUAUCCAAGUCUCUUGUGAUGAAAUUAUUCACGAAUCACUAUUAGCAUGAAUUGCUAGCAGAUGUGUGGA